UGAAAUUUUUUAUAUGAAUUUAUAUAGCUAUAGAUAAACAUGAAGUUUUUGGUUUGCAUCCUGUUUUUGGGCCUAGCUGCUGCUGGUAUUGUAGAAGUCGAGGAUUGUGGUUCCUCUGCUGAAAUUGUAUCCCUUGAGUUUGAUGGUUGCGAUGAGAAACCCUGCUCUGUAUACCAUGGAACCCACGCUACAGGCAGAAUUAAUCUUAAAGCUAACUCUCCAACAAAUACUCUCACUUGCAAGCUUGCUGGUGUAGUUGGUGUAAUUGAGUUACCAUUCAACGGUUGUCCUUCUGAUGCUUGUGCUUCAAUGACCUCUGGAGAUUGUCCAGUGGAAGCGGGAGAGACACUUGUUUAUGAACUAGACUUUGAGAUCCUUGACCUCUAUCCCACAAUCGAGGUUACAGCUAAGUGGAGGCUGCUGGAUGAUAACGGUGAUGACUUUAUGUGCUUCCUCCUCCCAAUUGUCAUCAAAGAUUAGAUUCUCAAUUGUAAAAUAUUUUUACAAAAAAAAAUAUAUUUAUUAACAUUUU